AUGGAAAUCAAUGAAUCUUCUAUCAUUGAUAAUGCAAUACCGACUAUAAUUCCAAAAGGAGUGUCUGACUUCCCUGAAACAACAAAAGAUGUUUAUAAUUUAAUUAGAAAACAAGGAAAUUACGAAAAAAUUAUUUCAGCAAAAUUUGAUCCAAACUCGAAAUUCAAGGGACAGACAUGUCUUGAGAUAGCUAUUACUUCAAAGGUACUUGACAGUGUAAAGGCCCUUCUUGAAAAAGGUGCAAAUCCAAAUACCAUAGUUGAAGACAGAUAUACAAUGAUAAUGUUGGCUAUGAAAACAAAGAAUCAAAGCAUUAUUCAAGAAUUACUCAACCAUGGAGCAGAUCCUUCAUAUGUAAAUCCGAAAAGUGAAAAAGCCAUAGAUUUCGGAAACUCUGCUUCAAGACAAGCAUUAGUUGGAUAUGACAAAUCUAUUAAACCGCAAAACGACUUCAUGAAAAGUAUACAAAAUAAUGAAAAUGAAAACUUCUUAUUUUGGUUGACUGAUGGCAAAGAUAUUAACAAACACGAACUAAUAUCAGGUAUAUCAGCAUUUCAUUACGCAUGCAUGAGUGGAAACCUCCUAAUGGUUUCAACAUUAAAGAAAUUAGGUGUUGAUUGGCAAUACAGAGACAAAAAAGGCUUCAAUGGCCUAUAUUAUGCUAUAAAGAACAAUCAUCUUAAUAUUGUUAAGUACUGGAGCAAAGUUUUUAACAUCAACGAAUUAAAUUCAGAAAAAACCGCUCUUAUGAUUGCGGUUAAGUUCGAUCAUCCAGAAAUUGUUGAAUUCCUCAUGGGUGUUUCCGAUAUUUCCAUUCUUAGGAAGGAGGAAACUGCCAUUUUCCGAGCAAUCAGAAAGAACAAAUCAGAAUGUGUCAAAAUGAUGUUGAAAGCGAAACCAGAUCUAAACAAACAUCGUGGAGGCAAAGAUAACAAAUCAUUGCCAUCGGAAUAUGCUGCAAAAUACAAUUCCAUUGAAACAUUAAGUGUUUUAUGUUCAGAAAACAAUGUUGAAACAACUCCUAUUUUUAUUGUUGCAGAAAAUGGAAGUAUCAAAGGUGUUGAAACAUUAUUACAAAAAGGAAAUAAUGAUGUAGAUACUAUUAACCCUAAUAAUGGUGAUACUUUGUUAUUGAGUGCAAUAAGAAGUGGAAAUAUUGAAUUAGUUAAUUUUCUUUUAGAAAAAGGAGCAAGAGUUUUCUAUACGAAUUUCGAAGGUGAUUCAUCAUUCACUUUAUCAAUAAAUCUCAAGAAAUACAAUAUUCUCGAGAUAUUGCUCAAAUCAGUACAUGAUGAUUUAGGACGUGAAUUCGUUUGGAAAGUUUUCAAAUAUGCAGCAGAAAAAAACGAUGAAAAAAGUGCAUCGUUAAUUUUACCAUUUGUAAAAGAACGAAUUUCCAAAGAAAACAUUACAAUGAAUGCAAGUUUGAACAGCAAUAUAUUGAAAGUCAUUUUAGGAUACAAUGAUAAAGAUAAAAUGAAGAAAGGAAAAGACAUUUUCGACGCGAUCCAAAGAAAUGAUUUAAAUGCCGUCAAAUUUUAUCUUUAUAAGAAAGUUAAUAUUGAUAUCAAGAGCAAAGAAAACAAUAGUUUAUUAAUGCAUGCAGCAUUAUAUAAUGCAAAAGAGGUAUUUGAAUUCUUGUUGAAUAUUGGUAUUAACAAGGAAUAUCAAAAAGAUGAUGGAAAAGAUUGUUUAGUAAUUUGUAUUCAAAAUAAUCGUACUGAAUUUGUCAAAUUACUUGCUGAAAAAGGAGUUGAUUUAAAGAUGCCAAGACUAGAAUCAUCAGAUCCAAUAACAAUUGCAUGCGAAAGUGGUUCUUUGGAUGUUUUGAAAUAUUUGAUUUCAAAAGAAAUAAAACCAAAUGAAGUUUCAAAAGAAAGUGAAAUUCCUUUAGCUGCAGCAGUUAUUUCUGGACAUUUAGAUAUUGUUAAGUAUCUGAUAGAAGAGAUUAAAUUAUCUCCUGAUACAAUGAACAAAGACAAGAUACCAAUAAUAUCUUUAUCAGUUCUUCACAAACAAAAAGAAGUUUUUAAAUAUUUGUCGACAAUUUCUGCAAUCAAAAUGACAGAUUCCAAAGGAAAUACUUUGUUACAUUAUGCCGCAAUGGCUAAUGAUGUUGAAACAUGUGAAUUCUGUUUGGCCAAUGGCAUUGAAGUAGAUCAGACAAAUUCAGAUGAAGCAAUUACACCUUAUUUGUGCGCGGUCAAAAAAUCAAACAAAGAAGCAAUGAAUUAUCUCUUAUCCAAAGGCGCAAAUCCUAAAUUUGUUACGGAGUACAAUACAAAUGCUUUGUUCUAUGCAAUUGAAAGCGGUGAUUUAGAGUUAGUUACUGAACUUUCUAAUAAUGGUUUUGAUGUAAAUGGAAAGAAUAGUGCUGGAAUGACUCCUUAUUUAGUUGCCUGCAAAUUUGGACAUGAAAAAAUUGUUAAGUUUUUAGAAAAGAAAGGUGCAAAGGAAGAAGAAAGAGAUAAUAACAACUGUAAUGCACUUUAUUAUGCAGCUAUUGGAGGCAACAAAAAUUUGUUCUCUCAUUUAGUUCAUUGGAAAACAAAACUUGAUGAAACUUUCGAUAACGGUGUUAACUACUUGCAUUUAGCUUGUAUUUAUGGUAACACAGAAAUUGUUAAGUAUCUUUACAAGAAAGGUUUAAGUCCAUUUGAUUUAACUCAAACAAAAAUUUCAUCUUUCCAUUACGCUGCAAGCAAAAACAAUCUUGAAUGUUUCGAAUUACUGCACACAAGUUCCAUCAAAAAUUCUAAAGAUCCUUAUACUUGUGAAGGACCAAAUGGACACUUUCCAUUAGAAACAGCUUUGAGAACAGGAACCAAAGUUGCACAAUAUAUUUUGGAUAUUAAAGAUUAUCCAGCAACUUUUGAUGCUUAUAUUAAUUAUCUCUUAAACAGAAGCUGCAAAGAAGGAAAUCUUAGAAUGGUCAGAAUUAUAUUGAACCAUAAAAACAGUAUUAAUUCGGUUUUCAAUGGUGAAACGCCAAUUAUUGCUGCAGGAUUGGCAAAGAAUUUCCAUAUUGUUAAAUACCUCAAAGAAGCAAACGCUGAGAUUGAAAGUACUCAAUACGAAUCUCUCAUGUUCAGAACUAUUAAAAACAAUGACAUAGAAAGUCUAAAAGUUUUGAUUUCUUUAGGUUUCGACUGCAAUGAAAAAAUGGUUAAUGGAUUAACACCAUUGCAUUUAUCAUUGACAUUAAAACUGAAGCAAAUCUAUGAGUACUUAAUGACAUUGCCUGUUGAUAUAUUAACUUAUAGAAAUGAUAAGUUAACUACAUUAGAAAUGUCAGUUGAAACAGGAGAUGCAAAAGUAGUUGAAAAAAUAAUCAACAAAGGUGCUUUGAUUAAUGUUCAAAGUGAUGAUAAUACGCCACUAAUUUACUCAAUAAGAAUGGACCAGAAAGAUGCCUUUGAAAUGUUAUUGACAAAAGGAGCCAAAAUCUUUCUUCAUGAUCACAAAAAUGGAAAUUAUCCAAUUCAUAUUGCUGCAACAGCUAAAAAUGAUUAUUACUUGAAAAAAUUGAUCGAAUUAAAUGUGGAAGUUGAUAUAAAGAACUACAACAACGAAACUCCUUUAUUCUUUGCAGUAAACAGCAAUAACAUUGAGAAUUAUAGAACACUAGUUAGUCAUGGAGCCAACAACAAAGUAUUAAACAAAGAUGGAAGGAAUUUAUUGUUUAAUGCAAUUUUUAGUAAUUCAUUUGAAAUGGCUGAUAUUCUUAUUGCUGAUGGCCUUGAUGUUAAUCAUAAAGAUAUCAAUGGUAAGACAUGUUUCGACUAUAUUAUUAUGGGUGAUAACUGUUCUUGCUUGAAAUAUCUUUUAGAGAAGAAAUUGAUAACAAGUAAUAUGGAAUUUGGAGAAGGAGAAAAUCUCUUAACAUUUUCUAUUGAUAUGAAGGCAUUAAAUUGUGUAAACAUGUUGAUUGAUGAUGGAUAUGAAGUCACAGCAGCCAACAAGAAUAAGCAAACUGCAUUGCAUAAAUGUGCAAUUUAUUCUUCUCUCAACGAAAUUCUUUCUCUUGCCCAGAAACUAGUUCAAAAAGGAGCCAACAUAAAUGCGGUUGAUAAAGAUAAUUCAACUCCUCUAACAUUAACCAAUUGGUAUAUGCAGAAGGACAGAAGACUUGCACAUUUCCUCAAAUCUGUUGGAGGUAUUGAUCCUAUUUUCGAACAAUACAAACAAAAGACAUACAAAGAUUUGGAAGUGAUGAAGAACAAUAAUGAUUCUGCAGAAAAUGAAAAGAAGAUUGCUGAAAGAACAAGAAAUGAUCAUCUUGACAAAAUCAAAAGUCUUGAAAAUGAUUCCCAGAAAGCAAUUGAAAAUUACAAUGAACUCAAAAAGAGUUUCGAAAGUGAAAUCGGAAAGUGCAAGACAAAUGAAGAAAAGUCUAAAGUUGUAAAGAAAUAUGAAAAGAAGAAGGAGAAUGCAACAAAAGAAAAGACUACAACUGAACAAAAGUUAAGUGAAGAAAAGAAGAAAUCCAAAGAUUUUGAUGAAUCAUACAAUGCUGCAUUCAAUAAAUGGAAUUCUGUUCAUAACAAAUACACUCUAGCAUCGAACGCAUUUACUGAUAUGUGCAAAACUUAUGAUUCUUUAUAA